UGCACGUGCGAGGAGGAGCCCUCACCGCCGGGUUUGGUGGUGGAGUGGGCACCCCGCGUGCCGACCCCUCGCUGUCGCCAGGCUGCUCCAAGGAGGGGGCCGGGCAGGUGUCCACGUGCGUGCGUUCCGCACUCGAGGGUCGCGUCUCAGCCCCGCAGGGUCCCGACCGCCGGGUCAGGGCGUGGCCGCGCGGUAUCGAGCCCCGCCCACCGCGCCCCGGGGGCGGGGCCGGCGCGUCACGUGACGGCGGCGGAGAGCGCAAGCGCCCCGCCCGGCGGGAGGAGGCCCGGGCCGCGACCCGGCCCGCGCGCGCUGCUGGAGCCGCCCGGCCGCCAGCGCUUCCUGCACCCGCAGCGCCCCUCGCCCGCGGCCCCUCGCCCGCCGGCCCCGGGCUCGCCGGCAGCGGGAGCGGCCUCAAGAUGGACGAAGACGGCGGCGGCGAGGGCGGCGGCGUGCCUGAAGACCUGUCCUUAGAAGAGAGGGAAGAGCUUCUCGACAUCCGUCGGAGGAAAAAGGAACUUAUCGAUGACAUCGAGAGGCUGAAGUAUGAAAUCGCCGAAGUGAUGACCGAGAUCGACAACCUGACCUCUGUGGAGGAGAGCAAAACCUCGCAGAGGAACAAGCAUGUCGCCAUGGGGAGGAAGAAGUUCAACAUGGACCCCAAAAAGGGGAUCCAGUUCCUCAUCGAGAACGACCUGCUGCAGAGCUCCCCGGAGGACGUGGCCCAGUUCCUGUACAAGGGCGAGGGCCUCAACAAGACCGUCAUCGGGGACUACCUGGGGGAGAGGGACGACUUCAACAUCAAAGUGCUGCAGGCCUUCGUCGAGCUGCACGAGUUCGCCGACCUCAACCUGGUCCAGGCCUUACGGCAGUUCCUGUGGAGCUUCAGGCUCCCAGGCGAGGCCCAGAAGAUCGACCGCAUGAUGGAGGCCUUCGCUUCCCGCUACUGCCUGUGCAACCCCGGCGUCUUCCAGUCCACAGACACGUGCUACGUGCUGUCCUUCGCCAUCAUCAUGCUCAACACCAGCCUGCACAACCACAACGUGCGGGACAAGCCCACCGCCGAGCGCUUCGUCACCAUGAACCGGGGCAUCAACGAGGGCAGGGACCUGCCGGAGGAGCUGCUGCGGAACUUGUACGAGAGCAUCAAGAACGAGCCGUUCAAGAUCCCGGAGGACGACGGCAACGACCUGACACACACGUUCUUCAACCCCGACCGCGAGGGCUGGCUCCUGAAGCUGGGCGGGCGCGUGAAGACCUGGAAGCGGCGGUGGUUCAUCCUGACCGACAACUGCCUCUACUACUUCGAGUACACGACAGACAAGGAGCCCCGGGGGAUCAUCCCGCUGGAGAACCUCAGCAUCAGGGAGGUGGAGGACCCGCGGAAGCCGAACUGUUUCGAGCUUUACAACCCGAGUCACAAAGGGCAGGUCAUCAAAGCCUGCAAGACGGAGGCGGACGGCCGAGUGGUGGAGGGCAACCAUGUGGUGUACCGCAUCUCCGCGCCCAGCCCCGAGGAGAAGGAGGAGUGGAUGAAGUCCAUCAGAGCGAGCAUCAGCAGGGACCCCUUCUACGACAUGCUGGCCACGCGGAAGAGGAGGAUCGCCAAUAAGAAGUAGCUUUCCCGCCCGCGCAGGUAAAAGU